GCUCCGCCUUUGGGGGGGGGGAGAGAGGUUUGGGGUUGCAACACCCCCAAGUAGCCGCAUCUGGUGCAAGGGGGCGGGAGAGGGAAGACCGGCUCUCCCCGCAAAGGGGAAAAAAGUCCCCUGUAAACACUCCCCAGUAAUCAGCACCUCUUCAGUAUAUGGAGGAACCUGGCUUUGCAACGGCCUUGCAGACGGUGUUCUCUCACUCCCCUGGGAUCCGCUGGCUGUUUUUAGCCUAACCUUACAAUCAAAAGUCUGAGGCCAAAGGCUCUUUUCUCCAUCAUGUUUGCCUGUGAGACUUGGGGCCUUGGUGGCCAGACCUCUGUCUAUAACUGGGAGAAGUCCGUCUACCUCUUGGAAGACAAGAUGGAGGCUGAGCAGGGAUCGGGAGAGCUAGAUCUUCACUUCAAAGUCUUGCUUGAGCAGGGGGUGUAUCCAGAGAUUACGAUCGAGGAGGAGGAGGAGGAGGAAGAGGAGGAGCCAGAAGCAGAGGCGGAAGUAGUAGUGGAAGCGGAAGGAGAGGAGGAGCAGGAAGAGGAGGAAGAAGUAGAAGGGGGAGAGGAAGAGGAGGAGGAGGAAGAAGAAGAAGAGGAGGAGGAAGAGGAGGAAGAAGUGGAGGAGGAGGAGGAGGAGGAGGAAGAAAGUCCAUCAGGCCCUGUACAAGAAGCAGUAGGAGCAGAGGAAGGAGAUGACUCCCUGCUUGUGGUGUGCACUGGGACUGUUGAGGAGCUUCUAGGGUUGGAGUUGUCAUCCACAGCUGAGCCAGAGUCUCUGGAGGAAGCCCCACCACCUCAGCGCUGGGAAGUCCAGUGGGAAGAGGUGUCUCAGGCCCCGCCACCUCCACCCCCUGAAAUUGUGCAGCUGCCGACGACAACAACGCAAGAUGCUUCCCCAGUGCCUGAGGUGGCAUCCAUAGACGUCGAAUCAGAGACCUUCGCUGCUGCUACGGCUUUAGAGCCAGCGGAUAACACUGCUUCCUCCCCCUGGGCGACACCCUUUGCUGAAGAGGGCCCGCCAGAAACCCACCCCAGCCUACCCUGCACCACGGACAGAGGCAGCGGCGGAAAGGCAAGGACAUCUGCAUCGGGAGGGGGAGGGGUCACCCUGGAGACGGCCCGGCGACGUUUCCGGCAGUUCUGCUACCAAGAGGCUGAGGGGCCACGAAAGGCUUGUGGCCAGCUCUGGGAGCUCUGCAAUCACUGGCUGAAGCCAAAGAACCGCACCAAGGAGCAGAUUCUAGACGUCCUGAUCCUGGAGCAGUUCCUGGCCGUCCUCCCUCCGGGGAUUCGGACCCGGGUGUGGGAAUGCAGUCCUGAGACCUGUGCCCGGGCUGUGGCCCUGGCUGAGGAGUUCCUCUCAAAGCCGCAAGAGGCAGAGAGACCAGAAGAGGAGGAUUCAGACCUAUUUGAGGAGGUUGUAGUAAAUUUCCCUGAUGAAGACCAGGCCCUAUCAGAUGCUGAGCACGGAGAAGCAUGUAUGGAGGCUGAGCAGAGGGGUGAUGUGGAUAUCUGUUUGCUGGGUUCUUCUGACACAGAGGCAACAUGGGAUUCUUCAGCAGACGAAGGAGGCUCAGCAGGUGCCAGGACUCCCAGCAGAGCAGACCCGCAGUUUGAAUUUGGAGAAAGGCUCAACGGAGCAGUGCAGCACUUGGCCCCAAAGAGGAUCCGUGUGAGAGAGAAACGCCACCCCUGCAUCGAAUGUGGGAAACGUUUCCGGUGCCAAUCAGAGCUGGCCUUGCACCAGAAAGUUCACACUAGGCCAAAAUCCUAUCACUGUGCUGAGUGCGGGAAACAGUUUGGCCGAUCCUCACACCUCACUAGGCACCAGAAAACCCACAUGGGCGAGGAAUGCCACCUUUGCACAGAGUGUGGCAAGAGGUUCCGGUGGUCGACAGAGCUCGCCAUCCAUCAGAGGAUCCAUGCGGGCGAACAGCCACACUAUGCCAUGGAUCCCGAGACGUUGUUCCAGUGGCCGCCAGAGUUCACUAUGCACCAGAGUAUUUUCACGGGUGAGAAGACUCCUCUGGCUGUCGACUGUGCAAAGCCCCACACUGUCAAGAAGCCCCACCUCUGCCCAGAGUGCGGGAAAGGGUUCCGGUGGCCAUCCGAGCUUGCAACGCACCAGAAAACCCACAACAAAAACAAACACUACCUCUGCGCGGAGUGCGGUAAAGGGUUCCAGUGGCCGUCGGAGCUUGCUGCACACCAGAGAACCCACACAGGCGACAACUCUCUUGUUGCCGAUUGUGGGAACGGCAACAGCCAGCUGCCUCCUCUCACUACAUACCUGGGAGCCAACGUGGCUGAGAAACGCCAUCUUUGCGGAGAGUGCGGCAAAGGGUUCCGGUGGCCAUCAGAGCUUGCCACACACCAGAGGAUCCACACGGGAGAGAAACGGUAUUUCUGCACAGAGUGCGGAAAAGGGUUCAUCUGGCCCUCGGAGCUUGCUGCCCACCAACGCACCCACACCGAAAAGCAGGCCUAUCAGUGCAUGGAGUGUGGGAAAAUAUUCCAUGAUCUCUAUGGGCUCACGAGACACCAGAAAACCCACCUGGGGAGCAAGGUCUACCCCUGCGCUGAGUGUGGGAAAACAUUUACCCGGCAAUCUCACCUGACUCGGCACCGGAUCACCCACACUGGGGAGAGACCCUACCCUUGUAUUGAGUGUGGGAAAAGGUUCGGCCGGCAGUCCCACCUGACUCGGCACCUGAGAAUCCAUACUGGAGAGAGACCGUAUCAGUGUGGGGAAUGUGGGGUGAGGUUCAGGCGGAGACACAGCAUGAUCUAUCACCAGAGGAUCCACUUGAGAGAGUCCAAUGGAGGACCGGACAUGCAAAACUUGCCUGAAAUGGAAAAUCUUGCCGACCAUCUCCAGAGUCCUAUUCAUGUAACAAUCUGAAAUGCAGGGUGGGGAAAAGGAAUCUUUGGAUGGGUGAGUGGGACUUGAUAAUGACAAAAUCUGGCAGAGUCCUUUCCGUGCUCUUUGCCCUGCAAAGUAGGCCUGAUAAAUGUGGCCACUUUGGGUGGCUGCACCAUGUGAUCAAAGAGGCAAAUGCCUCAGAGUUCCUUGCAGCGUGGCAGAGGGCGUGCUGGCGCUUGCCUGUUGGAUCAUGAGCAUGUUGCAAAGGAUUCUGGGACAGGGACACCCAUACCUCCUCUCUGAUCACAUGCCACUUCACCGGCAUCCAAAAUCCGUGGCUGCCUAUUUGGCAUACUUGUGCAGCCAGGCUAGCCCCUGCUGCCCUGACUCUAGAUUUUGCCCCCAUGUAGCAUUUACAGGGAGCACUUAAGAACCUGGUGAGGUUUCCCCCUGCUACCUGCAGCAGCUAGAACACUACUGUCCAUUUCCUGGAACAUGUGAUGAUGAGAGGGGCCCAGAAGCCGCCCUUCCUGCCUCUUUAACUAGUUCUGUCCUCCCAUUUAUUACUUGUCACUGAGUGAGUUGAGCCAGCAGAUCCACACAGCAAGAGAGGAGUAUGAAGGGCGACUUCCCAGCAUCCCAUUCUGUGGAGCCAUGGGAUGGCUGGGUGCCCAUGCAGCGCAGGGCGCCUUUUGCUUUUAAAGCACAUCUGGGAGAAUUUAGGCAAGCACCGCUUCUCCCAUAGCGCUGGGAAAAGCUGCACCUUCCCUGAUUCACCCCGUCACCCACCCCCUUUCUACACACAGUCUGGUUCUGGAUGAAAUCUGGCAACCUCUCUUCAGUACGAUUUCCCCCUUCCUUUCCUUCCCUUUGGAAAGAUUCCACUUAAUAAAUCUAAUUUUUAAAAGAGCAUAAACUGGGAGUGAUCCUUCUUUGCCAUCAGAGGUACUUUCCUAGGGCUGGCCCAAGACAUUUUGCUGCCUGAGGCAAAGGACAAGAUAGCAUCCUCCCACACCACAAACAGAAUCUGGCCAGACUGGCAGUGGAGUCUUGCUUUGAGACUGCCGGUGGGCUGGCGUCUUCCCUUGCACCUGAGGACAGCAGGUUAGCUUGGGCACAGGGCAAGCUACACAGCAAACACACAGCUCUUGCCAGCUUCUCUGACCCCCCCCCCCAACAUACAGCACCUGAAGCAAUUGCCUCAAUCUGCCUAAUGGUAGAGCCAGCCCUGUACUCUCCCCUCCAGAGCACUUUCUUUCUAAUAGGCACUUCUGCUUCCCCCUUUCCCUUUCUGUUUUGGGAAAUUGAGGGGUGGGCCUUCUUUCUGAGGGGGUGGGACCAUUUUACAGCCUUCUGACCUUUUUAAAUAAGGUGGCUGCUGUUGAGGUUUCAGCAGAAAAUCCAUAUAUACUCGCCCACACUGGAUUAGAGAUACAUUUUGCAAGGAGGUGGGAAGACAGGGAUGCCGCCUUGAUCUACCAGCUACAGGCUUUCCCGAGAAGAAAAUUAACAGCGUAAUCCUAUAAAUGUUUACUCAGAAGAAAGUCUCACUGUGUUUAAUACAGCUUUACUCCUCAGUAAGUGCGUUUAGGAUUGCAGCCUAAGAAAGCAGGCCAUCCAUCUUUGGAUAGUAACAAGAGAAAAGGGUGUUUGAGCUUGUGCUGGGUUCAGCCUUGUGGAUAACCCCCAAAGGGUUGUUGUUUUAAGAGGAGAUCAGCAUUUAGAGGCACCCCCCUUCGAAGCCUCAGUUUCUCUCUCCAUUGACCUUUGGUGAAGGGAAGAGGAAGGAAAGUAUUAUUCCUCUCCCAGCCCCCCCCCCCGAGACUUUAGCUGCAUUUUUUCCUCUUUCGGAUCUACGUUUGAGAUUAUUUGAACCUCCUAAAGAAACAAGAAUGAACUCGUUUUUGGAAAUAACUUAAAAAAUAAAAGCUUUCUACAAAUGG